UUUGUCUGGAGUUAUUGGCACCCAAUAAAGUUGGUUGGUUCAAAAAAGACGCUUUUUUUUCUUCUUUUUUUUUUUUUUUUGUCCGCGCUCCGCCCCUUGGGCGCCCGCGCCACCUGGCUCCCCGCGGCCGGUCAGGCCAGGCCAGAUCGUUGGUGCCCGGUGCGCGGACGGUGAUGGCGGGACAGCCGGCUUCGCUCUCCGGACGCGACGUAGGAUCAUUUGCCUACAUAACAAUAAAAGACCGAAUACCACAGAUCUUAACGAAGGCAAUAGAUUCCUUGCACAGACAUAAAAGUAAAUUUUUUGAGAAACAUGGAGAGAAAGGCCUGGAAGCUGAAAAGAAGGCUAUUUCUCUUCUUUCUAAAUUGCGGAAUGAAUUGCAAACAGAUAAGCCGAUGAUCCCUUUGGUUGAGAAGUUUGCAGAUACUGACAUAUGGAACCAAUACCUGGACUAUCAGCAGAGUCUUUUAGGUGAAACUGACGGGAAGGCAAGGUGGUUCUUCUCCCCGUGGCUGUUCGUGGAGUGCUACAUGUACCGUCGGAUUCAUGAAGCGAUUAUCCAGAGUCCACCAAUCGAUGACUUUGAUGUAUUUAAAGAAUCAAAAGACCAAAAUUUCUUUGAGUCUCAGGAAUCUGUCAUUGCUUUAUGUACUUACCUACAGGAGUUGAUCAGCACUCUUGAGGUCCUUGAUGAAAACCAGCUGAAAAACGAGUUUUUCAAGUUUCUUCAGAUUUCACUCUGGGGCAAUAAGUGUGACCUGUCUCUAUCAGGUGGAGAAACUAGCUCCCAGAAGACCAACAUAAUAACGUCUCUGGGUGAGCUGCAAGCUUUCAUCUUAGUAAAUGACAUGGAACACCUCUGGGCCUUGCUUAGGCCCGGCAAGGAAACAGAAACGGACAGUGCAGCUGCUGUUCGAGUGGCCAUUGUUCUGGAUAACUCUGGGUUUGAACUGGUCACAGAUCUCGUUCUAGCUCACUUCCUGCUGUCCUCAAGACUAGCGACUGAGGUCCAUUUUUAUGGGAAAACAAUUCCCUGGUUUGUGUCUGAUACCACUAGACGUGAUUUUACCUGGCUAGUUGAACAGGCCAAGAGUUCUAGUGAUAAGUACUUAUCCAGGUGUGGGCUUGACUGGGAAAGCUACCUGAAGGUGGGGAAGUGGGUUUACCACGAUCAUAUCUUUUGGACCCUGCCCCACGAAUUCUGUGCCAUGUCUCAGGUCGCUCCCGACUUAUACACAGAACUCCAGAAAGCUCAUUUGAUUUUAUUCAAGGGUGAUCUGAACUACAGGAAGCUGACGGGUGACAGAAAGUGGGAGUUUACAGUCCCAUUUCACCAGGCUUUGAAUGGCUUCCACCCGGCCCCGCUCUGUAGCAUCCGGACUUUGAAAGCUGAGAUUCAGGUUGGUCUGCAGCCUGGGCAGGGGGAGGAGUUAGCAGCUUCUGAGCCCAGCUGGCUGACCACUGGGAAAUACGGAAUAUUUCAGUUUGAUGGUCCGCUUUGAUUUGUUUUAGGAACGUGAGGCUGUGUUGAAAGAUCUUCAGGGUCUUUGCGCCCCCUGAAAAGCAGCGUGAACUCAGUCACCUGGCUGCUCUUAAGUUCUGGGAAGUUCAUUCUCUUCCCUCUGAAGCUGGUGCCUCACCACAUUGCCAGGGGGUGGGGGGUGGGCAAGGAAGAGGGGCAGAGGGAGUAAGCCUGUUACAGACAUUCUAUUUCUGUUGGAAUCUUAGUCACUUAGUUCUAGUUAAAAUAAUUUCAAAUGGUUUUAGCGAACAUCAGAGAAAGCACAAUGUAUUUUUCUUUUCAAGUUAGCUAACUUGAUUUUUUUUUUUAGUCCUAUGUCGCAUGGUCUUUAAUAUUUCUAGGAAGCAUGGAGUUUUAUGACUUGAUUUUGGGCUCCAGGAAAAGGGGCCUUGUGAAAACCUGCAUCUGAACGAUGCCUCGUCAAGAGACGCAUCUCUUACAGCUGUGCUAUGCGAACGUGUGAGAGUGAAAAAUUACCUCAUAAGUUAAUGCUAACAAUUAAUGAGUUUGUUCUCCUUGAAUUGUAUUUCAUUUCAACGGUCUGUUUCAUUUGCAUGUGUUUGCACUUUGAUUAAAGGUCAACCAGGAGGGUUCAUAGCAGGAAAUGCAAAACUGAAAAGAAUGAAAUGAACGGUACUCGAAGAGAUGCCAUCUCUUCUGCAUCGUCUGUGAUGCCCAGGAUCAACUGAAAUGUAACCCUUUCAAACAUGAGUGUUCCCAGUGAUCAGAACACCAAUUCAUUUUUCAUAUUCUUACACACUCACUGGUGAUUACCAGACUUUAAGACUGUGUUUCAGGCCUGUUUGUUUUGAAACUGAAAUUGGGGAUAAACCUGGAAUUAUUGUCCUGCACUAAACUAAUAAAAUGGAAUUGUGCUGCAGA